AUGGGUUUCAUUAGAAUGGAUGGUCAUUGGAUCAAGGGUCGAGGUGUUGUAGUUAUGGAGGAGGAGAAGGAGGAGCGUACUGAGGGGGAGGAUCCCUCAUCACCACUUGAGCCCAGGUCAAGCCCUGAUAUUCAUUUUGUGUCGGAGCCUGAAGCAGAUCCUUCAGUUAGUGCACCUCUAUCUAUAAGCCAUGCCGUGCCAUCAUCAUCUAAAUUGGAGGAGGAUGAGAUGGGAUUGCUAGCUGAGUGGAUCGGGCACCAGCUCUUCGCCUAUGUCGAGGCGUUGAGCCGCAUGAGGAGGGACCUUCUUCAGGCGGAGGAGCACUGCCAGGAUGAGGUUGCCCGUCUUCAAGCGAAGACGGCCGAGGUGGCCACCCUCCGGGAGGCCCUAGAGAGAGAGAGGCAAGACCGGGAAGAGGAAAGACAAGCCCGGGAGGAGGAGAGACGAAGCUUGGAGGAGUCGACGAGGAAGGCGGAGGCCGAGGUCACCCAUCUGGCCGAGCAGACUUCGUCAACUAUCCAACGGCUAAGAAAGGAGGUCCUCCACCUGAUGAAGAAGUUGAAGAAGUCGGAGGACGAGCUCCGCAAGUCGAAAAAAUGCUAUUCCGAGGCCGCCGCUGAGGUCGCCCACUUCAGGAGUCUCCAAGUGAAGGCAAUCAUGGACUACAGCCGGAGGAAGGCGAACUUCACAAAGGAGCUCGAGGAAUCGCAGGAUGAGCAAAAAUGGUCGCAGAAGGUCUCCGACCUCCAGAAGCAGCUUCAAGAUGCUGAGAUGAGCCACGAUGUGCAGCGGGCCAGCUGGCGCCGGCAGGUAGAAGAGCACAAAGGGAGAUUCCGUCAAGCGGCGGACGAGGUCGUUCGUCUCCAGAGGCAGUUGGUAACUAGGGCGCAGCUUGCUAACGCCCAAGAUACCAAAGAGCUCCUAGCCUUGAGGGGCACUGUCGAGGGGAUUUUCGUCUCCCUUGGGGAGAAGACAGCUGAACUUCAGCAAGUGAAAAUCCAAUUGGCGCUCGAGCGGAAGGCCAUCGCGGAUGCGGAGGCGGAGUCUGAAGUUCUGCGGAAGCGGUGUCGAGAAGCAGAGGCAGAGAGCCGACAUCUUCAGUUGGAAAGUGAAUCAUCUCAAGAUUUAGAGAAUGAUGAUGAGAUGGCGAUGAUCACUUAA